UGGCGGUGAGGAUUCGACGACUUCAACGAGUAGUGAGGAUGUCUCACUCGCGAAUGACGCCGGACGACUUCGUCAAGCUGCAGGAAUACGCAAACUUCUCUCAGUGCAAACUGAAGGACGCUAUUAGCGCCAUUGCGUCGGCGACUCUGUCGCAAGAAGCGCUCAAGGAGUUCACCGAGAUGGCGGCUGCAAACGAGCUGCAGAGAAUUUCGUCCGAACUCAUCGCCAGCGAGGACCUCACUUUCGAGCAGUUCUCCGACUUCCUUCGUUUCUACUUGACGGCCGAUGUUGGAGUCGACAUUGCUCGACGUUUGUUUGGCUCGUUGAAUCGCACAACGAAUAGACGCAGGUCGAAGGUGAAAUACGAGUUGCGCCAGAGUUCCGCCGGCGUAGCAAUCGUACGCAACAUGAACUCUAUACUAAAACAAAAAGCCGUGGAGGCGUUUACUAAUCCGUAUGGAAAGAAAGUGUCGAGCAAUAAGAAGAAAAAUGUUCCACCGAAGCUGGAGAAACGGUCGUCGACGAAAACUGCUCUGACGGCUGCUGCUAUGGGUGCAUCUGCAGCUCUGCAUGUUGUUGGGUCGUCGGAUAAUGGGCGUGGUGCAGUUUGUUCUGUUCCAGUUCCUGAUGAGGCAGUCUGUGCCGUAUCUCCGACAUCUGUGGGGGAGUUGCCUGCAGCUUCUGAUGCCGUUGUGUCGUUGCAAGAUGUUGUCUGUUUCCUUUGUCUGUUGGAGAGCGGAUCGCCUAGUGACAAACUGGGAUUGUUGUUUAGGUUCUAUGACCUCGACAACAGUGGCUACUUGGAGAGAGAGGAAUUAGGCUGCAUCUUGGAUCAGAUGAUGACAGUAAGUGCUUGCCUGGGCUGGGACACAACAGAGCUAAGACCGAUUCUUGAAGAGAUGCUGCAAGAGUUGGAUUUGAAUGACGACGGACUAAUUUCAAAGGAAGAAUGGAUGGCAAGCACCAACUCAAAAAUACCGCUUCUCGUUCUUCUCGGCAUCGAGACAAAUUUGCAGGAAGGUGGGCACAGAUGGCGCCUCAAGCGUUUUCACUCAAGUGUUCACUGCAACUUGUGUCGGAAUCACCUGCUUUAUGAACAAGGCUUCAGUUGCAAUUUAUGCAGGCUUGUUGUCCACGAGAGAUGCUUGGUUCGUUUUAGACAGAGUUGCAUCAGAACGUACGUCAAGUCGCGUAAAACCACCGAGGUGAUGUUACACCACUGGGUGGAAGGUAACUGUCUGGGCAAGUGCAGUUGCUGCGAGAGAACGAUCAAGAAACGAAAGAUGCUCAGUGGGCUGACCUGCAGUUGGUGUCAUCGAGUGCUUCAUAAUGGUUGCGAGUCGUCGCUUCCAACUGAGUGCGAUCUUGGACAGCACAAGGUCUACGUUGUGUCUCCCAUAUGCAUACGUCCCAGCACACUGAUGGGAGAUGCACAAGAGGAACCCUCUGGGACAGUCGCCAUUGCAAAGCACCCCAACCUCUUGUCCGAGGAGGGAUUUCGUCUCCAGAUUUCAGAUCUCAGUGAACACAGCCAACCACUCGUUGUAUUUGUGAAUCCGAAAAGCGGUGGAAAGCAAGGCAUCAGGGUAUUUCGGCAAAUGCAGUAUCUGUUGAAUCCACGACAAGUCUUUGAUCUGACCCAAGGAGGUCCCACUCCUGGGUUGCAGUUUAUUGGCUCGCUUCCCAACAGUCGUGUUCUCUGUUGUGGUGGAGAUGGCACCGUCGGCUGGAUUUUGUCUGCUCUAGAUAAAAUGAAACUAGAGACCAAGCCACCAGUAGGCGUCUUGCCUUUAGGAACUGGAAAUGAUCUUGCUCGAUGCUUAAAGUGGGGUGGAGGCUACGAAGGAGGAAGUCUAGACAAGGUUCUUUUACAAAUGGCCAAAGCAGAGACGAUAUACUUAGACAGGUGGAAAAUUGAAGUGAAUAACCUUCCAGAAGCUGCUGUGGAGGGUGACAAGGUUCCCUAUAGUGUGAUGAACAAUUACUUUUCUGUUGGAGUGGAUGCUUCAAUUGCACACAAGUUUCAUGUAAUGAGAGAGAAACAUCCAGAGAAGUUCAAUAGCAGAGUUCGAAAUAAGCUUUGGUACUUUGAGAUCGCGUCACAAGAGAACUUCUCUGCUUCUUGUAGAGACCUUGCAGACAAAAUUUCAAUUGAGUGUGAUGGGCAGUCGUUGCAAUUGGCAAAGAGAUCAUUGGAGGGCAUCGCCAUAUUGAAUAUUCCAUCAAUCUAUGGUGGCACAGCACUGUGGGGUAGCAGCAACGAAAGUCAAUCCACAACAAGAGAGACAUCACCUUCUGCAGCCUAUCGACUACAAGCUAUGGAUGAUAAGUUACUGGAAGUAGUAGGCGUGCAAGGUGCUCUUCACAUGGGGCAGAUUCGGAUGGGAUUCAAACAAUCGGGCAUCCGACUGGCUCAGUGCUCGAUUGUCACUCUCAGGACAAGCUCUAUGCUGCCAAUGCAGAUAGAUGGCGAGCCGUGGAUGCAGCAGGCGUGUGAGGUGACCAUCUCGCAUCUCAAUCAGAUGCCCAUGCUGCAGCAACGACUUCCCGCACGUCAUCAACGGUCUGCUCCGUUGAGUUGUUGCUGCGGUCUCUUUCGAAAGCGUCACGACAGUCUCUCGACGAGAGACUCAUGAAGUUGGGGAAAAGAUGGC